AUUGUGAGCGCUGUCGCAGUUGUGUGUGUUCGCAUGGCUGCAGUGUGUGUAGUGUAGAAAUGAGGAGCUGAUAAUUCUAUUUUUACAGAGAGAAAUAUCUGUAAUUCUAUAAUAAUCCAGUAGAUCCUGUAGAUCCUGUAGAUCCGGGUACUGCGGGCUGCUCUACUGAACGGCGGGAAUAUGGGGGAUGAUCAGUACCCGAUCCCCGAGCGGGAUAUGAAGGAUUUUCAGUUUCGUCAGAUGAAGAAGAUCCGGGUGUUUGAUUCUCCUGAUGAUCUGCAGAAGGAGCGCUCUGGUCUUCUGGCGAUCUCUAAUAAGUUCGGCGUGACGUUUGUGGGUCUGGACAGAACUCUGAAGGUUUAUCUGACUCGGGAAAUCAUCGCCGCCGCGAAAGUGGAUGGAAACAUUAAUGAAAUCGUGGAGAAUGUAAAGUGUCAGGUGCUGAGUGUGGAUCUGCCCAUGCACCACCUCGCCCUCAGCAGUGAUGAGCUCACGCUGUCUGUGUGUGGGGUUGGCGAGGACGCCGCUCUCACCAUGGACUUCUACGACGUCCGCACCUUCUUCAACAAGGCCAGACAGGAGAAGCGUCCGUUUGCCAGUUUUAAGCCCGAGGCUGCGCUGGGAACUGCAGUGCAGGACCUGAAGUGGAGCCCGGUGGACGGGUUUAAGCUGGCUGCCUGUCUGUCUGACGGCAGUAUGAUGAUUCUGGAUGUGAUAAAUGACGUUGCGCUGGUGGCACAGCUUCCUGCCACUGUGGGAAUCACCUGUGUUUGCUGGAGUCCUAAAGGGAAGCAGGUUGCUGCAGGAAAGCUGAACGGGACUGUGGUUCAGUACACUCCCAUUCUGCAGGAGAAGAAAGUGAUCCCCUGUGCUCCUUUCUACAGCACUGACCCCGUCAAAGUGCUGGAUGUGUUGUGGCUCAGCACCUUUAACUUUGCGGUGGCGUACGCAGCGGCUGAUGGAUCUCCGGUGACGCCUCCUGAUCUGGUCGUCAUUUCACUUCCUAAGAAGGAUGAGAAAAGGCCGGACCAAUACCUGAAUUUUGGAGAUCUGGUUUACGGCUCGUGCACAGAGAGAGAACACCACUACUUCCUGUGCCACAUUGAAGACUGGGAUCUGGUCCUCGCUGCCUCAGCCGCCUCUAUUGAAGUCAGCGUUAUCGCCAAACAGGAGGACAAGACGAACUGGGAGCUGUGGGUGCUGGAGGAUGCAGCCCGAGGGGAGCUGCCCGUCACUCUCAGUAAUGAUGACACGCUGCCCGUGGGCGUGGCCAUCGACUACACCAGCCAAGGAGAAAUCUACAUAUCGGAUGAUAAGAAGUUGCCGCCGGCUCCGACGCUGCUGAUUCUCUCCACUGACGGAGUUCUGUGUCCGUUUUCCCUCAUAAACCUCAACCCUGGAGUCAGACAGCUGGUAACGGCCGCCGGCAGCCUCGCCCUGGACGGAGAGAGACCACCGCUAACCAAGCUCUCCUCCGCUACACCAGCCUAUGUACCCCCUGUGUCCAAUCCUCCAUCUGUUUUCUCUUCUUUCCAAAUGCCCCCCACCACCGCCCCUGUAGCUCCGCCCCCUGCCGCCACCUCCGCCCCUCCUGCGGCUCCAGCCUCCUCCAGCUUCGGCAUGUCCUUCAGCCUACCCCCUCCGGCCUACACCGCCCCCCCCUCCACCGCCCCAGUCUCCACAGGCCCCUCCCUCUUUUCUUUUAACUCCGCCUCCUCCUCCACCUUCUCUUUUGCUGCUCCCAAACCUGCCCCCGCCCCCACCAGCGCUCCAUCCGCCUCCACCUUCACCUUCAGCGCUCCUGUCAUCAAACCCCCCGCAGAAACCUCCAGCUCCCCGGCUCCUCCCCCUCAGAGAGUGGCCACGGCUUCACCAAUCACGGUGCUGAAGCCCCCACCUGAGCCGGCCACGCCCAACGUCAGGAUGAACCUCAACGACAGGUUUCUGGCAGUAGAUGGUCCAGCGGCGGGAGGUUUUGGAGCUCGACCCUUUUCCUCCACACCCAUCAUCAGCUCCCAGCCCACCGCACAGUUCAGCAUCACCAAACCAGCGCCCACCGCAGUGACCCGACCAGUUCAGACCAGUACUCCACCUGUUGCUGUGCAGAAAACUGCAACUCCCACACCUCCAUCUGCUCCAUCUACAGCUCCAUCUGCAGCUCCACAGCAGCCCGUCUCAGUGAAGCCUGUGGAGAAGCCGCUGCAGCUGAAGAAAGAUGCUGAUCCUGUAAUGGUUGGAAUACUGGAGGAGAUUGCUCACUUCCAGAAGGAGAUGGAUGAGCUGAAGGCUCGCAGUAACCGGGCUGAUUUCCGGGUGGGCAGCUCUGAGGAGAUGAGGGAUCUGAGGAAGGAGAGCGAGGAUCUGCACGGGUUCACCCUGGAGAUUAAAGAGACCACAGAGUCUCUGCAUGGGGACAUCAGCACCCUGAAGACCACCCUGCUGGAGGGCUUUGCGGGGGUGGAGGAGGCCCGAGCUCAGAGAGAGCUGAACCGGGAUAAGGGCUACCUGCAGCUCCUCUACAAGAAACCCCUGGAUCCUCGCAGUGACCAGCAGCUCAAGGAGAUUCGUAAGCUGUAUCAGUACGUGAAGUUCGCUGUGGAGGAUGUUAAUGAUGUGCUGGAUCUGGAGUGGGAGAAACACCUGGAGAAGAAGAAGAAGCAGAGACACAUGAUCGUUCCUGAGAGAGAGGCUCUGUAUACGGCUCUGGCCAACAACAUGGACAUCAUCAACCAGCAGAAGCAGAAGCUGGAUCAGCUGGUGAGAGAUCUGCAGAGCCUCCGACUCUACAACAAAACCUCCACCUGGAACUCCUGCAGCCAGCCGGCCUCCACCUCCUCCUCCUCAUCUUCAUCAUCAACACGAGGUUUGGACAGUGAGCUGGAGAGUCUGAGGAACGCCCUGGUGAAGGCCAGCCUGGAGACCGCCCCUAAAGCUCCUUCAAAAUCACCAUCUAAGAUGACUCCUGUGAAACAGUCUCAGCUGAGGAACUUCCUGUCUAAGCGUCAGACUCCACCUGUCCGCUCUACUGCUCCAGCCAAUCUGUCGCGCUCUGCAUUCCUCUCGCCCAAGUACUACGAGGAUCUGGACGACGUCAGCUCCACCUCGUCUCUGUCUCAGUCUCAGGAGCCCGAGGAGCCGCUGGCACUCGCUGAGGAGGAGGAGGAGGAGGAGGAGCUACCGGCCAUCCCGGUGCUGACCCCACGCCACCCCGCAGUGGUCCGCACCGCCUCCAUCCAGCCCGGCUUCCCCAUGCAGCCCUCGCCCUUCAGCAGAGUGCAGAUGCCUCCCAAGAUAAGUAUGGACAGCGCUGACAGCACCAUCCUGGCAACCAAGACGGUGAAGCACGGACCUCCGCCCACCACCGCUAUCCCCGCCGCCCAGGCUGCAGGCCUGGCAGCUCUGACCAGACAGAGGAACAGCGAGAGACCUGCACCAACGUCUCUGAACGAGUCGACUCUGAAGAACGUUCCUCAGGUGGUGAACGUGCAGGAGCUGAAGGAUAAAGGUCCACCCAUGCCUGUUUCUACAGUCAUCAGCCCCUCUGUUCCUGCACCUGCGGCUCAUGUGGUUCAGCAGGUUCUGGCCGCUGCAGGAGCCAAAAAAAAUCCUGCUGUAAAUGUCCCAGAGAGCACAGCCACUCCUCAGACGUUCAUGUUUGUUCCUCCAUCAGCAGCACCUUCAGCUACACCCGGCUCCAUCUUCUCUCCUCCGGUCACCAGCUUCACCCCGGUUCAGUCUGCACCAGCUGAAGCUCCUGCUGCUUCCAGACAACCCAACAGCAACAGCAGCAGCAGCAGCAGCAAAACCUUCAGCUUCAGCCCCACACCAUCCUCUACACCGUUCUCCUUCCCUCUGAGCUCCACAACAUCUCAGCCCCCAGCAGCCUCCAGCUCUCACGGUAAAGAUGUGGGUCCAGAAAGCAAGUUCCUAAGUUCUUCUGAAGCACCGUUCUCUUUUAGCCCAAAACCUCCCGCUUCCUCUACUGGUGGACCUUCCUCCAGGGCUGCAGUGAGCGGGGAAACCCUGGGCAGCUUCUCCUGCCUGAGGGUCGGCCAGAGCGAGGAGGCCCGUGACGCUCCGGUGACCCUCCCGGGAUUUACCUUCGGAGUUCCCGGCAAUGGCGCCGCAUUCACGUUCGGACCUCAGCAAAAACCUGCAGCAUCUGGGAACGGGCAAAGUUCGAUACCACUUGCCGCAACUGACGUCACAAAACCACCUGAACCUGCAGCUCCUUUAACCACCAAUCCGGCUUUCACCGGUGGACCUUCACCGGCUCCACCUACGUCCUUCAGCAGCCUCCUCGCCACUCCGCUGCCCUCGGAAAUCCCGUCUACAAACGAGCAACCGAGGGUACCCCAAGCUUCUGGACCUUCCCCUCCACCUGAACUGGAGGCACGUCCAUUAGAACCAAGCCCUGAACCUCCAGCUGCAACCACGCCGUCUCCGGUACUGGUCGGUGAGGAACUCGCACCUAUACCUGUACCUGCAACUGCUUUUGUUGUACCUUCCCAACCAGAGCCUCAAGCGGCAGCAGCACAAACUGGAGAACAGUUGACGACCCAUGGAUUGGCGACUCAAGUUGUACCAGCUCUUAACGUCACGCCAACACCUCCAACACUAGCAGAACCAGCAGCUGUUGCUGAGACUUUGGUACCAGAAGUUAAACCUUUACCAAUGUCUACACCAGCACCUACACCAAUAGCCACCCAAGCUAAUCUGGAACAAGCUUCUUUUCCAGCUUUGGUGGCGCCUUCGGUAGCGCCAGUUGCAGCAGCGGCAGCAGCACCUGCACCGUCUGCCGCAGCAACAACCGCACCUGCCAUACCAGUUCUGGCUCCAGCUCAAGCGCCACCUUCAACCACACCCGGCUCCAUCUUCGCCCAGCCAGCAAUCGUGACUACCACCAAUGGUACGACGUUAUCCGUCACCAGCUUUACUCCGGUCAUCAGCACAGCUGGUGUAGCAACACCAUCUUCCACCAGCGUCACUCCGGUAGCACCUAGUACUGCCUCCCAAGCCCCUGCUCCAAUAUUCGGUCAACCAGGGACCGUCGCCACCGUCGCCCCCACUGCCACUACCACCACCACUACUUCUUCCGCACCAGUUUUCGGCACCUCCACCUUUGGUGCAGCCUCCACGACCUCUGGCUUUGGAAAGCCCGUUUUUGGACACAGCGCUUCCGGUGGGUUCGGACAGCCGGCGGCAUCUGCUGGCUCCGCCAGCGGGUUUACUUUCGGGCAGUCGACUUUCGGUGCGAGUUCAGGUUUUGGACAGACGAACCCGCCGGCUAACGCUCCGGCUUCCAGCGCCGCUGGAGGAGGAGGAGGCGGAGCAGGAGGAGGAGGACUGUUCGGAUCUUCCAGCACCAGCAGUGCCAGCUCCUUCUCUUUCGGCGCCAGCAGCACCAGCUCUGCAGCCAGUACCGGGACCAACCUCUUCGGGCAGAACACCGCGCCGGCGUUCGGGCAGCAGCAAGGCGGCGGGUUCGGACAGCCGUCGAUGUUCGGCAGCAACACUACCACCACCACGUCGUCUGGGUUUGGCUUCGGACAGCAAGCCGCGUUUGGCAGCACCCCAACUCCCUCUGUGUUUGGGCAGCAGCCCAGCGGCGGCAGCGUCUUCGGCCAGCAGCAGCCCUCGUCCGGCGGGAGUCUGUUCGGCUCCGGGCCCGGUAACCCCGCCCCCACCGGCGGAGGAUUUUUCAGUGGUUUGGGAGGAAAACCCAGUGAAGACGCCGCCAACAAGAACCCAUUCGGAACCAACCCAACCGGCGGGUUCGGCCAAACCAACCAACCGGGGAGUACGAGUCUGUUUGGGAACAGUGGAGCGAAGGCCUUCGGGUUCGGGUCGAAUACGUUUGGAGAACAGAAGCCCUCGGGAACGUUCAGCGCUGGAGGAGGAUCUGUGGCGGCUCAGGGCUUCGGCUCCUUCUCCACCCCGGCUAAAACAGGUGGUUUUGGAGCUGCUCCGGUGUUCGGCAGUCCCCCGGCGUUCGGAGGUUCUCCUGCGUUCGGCGCCACGGGCACAUUCGGCAACAGCCCAGGCUUUAAUAACCCGAUGGGAGCCAGCCCGGGGAAAGUGUUCGGAGAGGGAACCUCAGCAGCCAGCGUAGGAGGAUUCGGAUUUGCCUCCCCACCCAGCGCCCCCUCCUUCGGCAACAUGUCUAACCAGAGCUCCGCCCCGUCCUUCGGCAGCAUCGCCCAGCAGGGAUCCGGGUUCGGGACCCCUCAGAACCAGAAUGUGGGCUUCUCAGCGUUCGGCUCGUCUGGAGGUUUUGGAGGAUUUGGAAGUAACAACACCAAUCAAUCCGGCUCUCAGACGUUUGGAGGCUGGAGAAGCUAGAUGUUCACCAACCUGCCAGUUUCCUCCCUUUCUACCAUCACACUUCAUUAUUAGCAUUUAGAGAUAGACGAAAAUCAGCGUAAACGGACAGAAAAACAGACAGAAAGACGAUAUGUUGGACUUUUAUAGUUAAACUAGUAGUUAAUUCAGUUAAAAACAAAAUGCUAAUGUUGCUAACAGCUAAUGGAAGCUUAUAAAAAGAUCAUUCAUAACUCUUGCUUUGCUUAAACUCAUUAUAAUACUUGAAAAAUUUAAGAAUAUUAUCAAUAUUAUCAAUUAUUUAAUUGACUAGAUAAUUACACAGAUCAGCCAUAACAUUAGUACUAUAACAUUUAUUACUUUUACAACCUGUUUCUGUUCAUCUUUCUCUGUGUAAAAACAUUUCAUUCAACCAAAUUAGGGCCAAAAAUGUAUUUAGCUAUAUUUGUGUUAUGCACAUCUUUAUAUGUCUAAAUAUAUGUGUAAUACUUUCGGCCGAAAAUUAAUUUAAUUAACCAUAUUAGUUGAAAUCACACCAAUUUGCCAUAAAAUUAGCACCACCUGCCUCAUAUUCAUCAUUUACUCAAUAUAUUUCUGUAGAUCUUCAUAUGUUUGUCAAUAUAUUUAGAAAAGAUGGGGUUUUCUGAAACAUCAGUUUUAGCCAAUUUACCUGCAGUGGUUUUGAUGUUAUGGCUGAUUCUGGCCACACUGGAUGCAAUGACGUAAAAAUAUAUAUUGAGAAUAUAUUUUUUCCUCUAUAUAUUUUGUUUUAAUAUUUUUUGCCACAAAUGUUAAAUGUGAAAACUGUGCACUAAUUAGCAUUGUGCUAGCAAUGCUAUGCUAGUUAGUGCUUACUAGUGCUUUCGUUAGCUGUUAGCAAUAUUAGCAAUUAGCAAUUUUUUUGAAGGUAUGGUUGAGCUUUUUUUUUUUUUUUUUUUUUACUUUUCAAAAGCUAAGGUUUACUUCUCAUCUCUGUCCUGCUAAACCCUUGUAUCUCCAUUUUUGCCAUUAUUUUCACUUUCACUUUUUGACAUAAUGCUGGUCUGAGUGUUCUUAACGCUGUGUUCAAAUUUCACGAUGAACGGACCAAUAGAAAUGCUCCAAAAUAGUCAAUAAAAUGGGAUAAAAAUGUAUUUGCAUUAACUUUCACUAAAUUAAAAAAUCCUGUGAAGUUGCAAUUUAGGAAAUUGAGAUUUGCGGUUGGUUUUGUUUCUGCUUCAAUGUAAAAAAAAGCCAAAACUUUACUUUUAAAAAAAAAAAGCUUUGAGGUUUACAGAAGUGUAUUUUUUACACAGAAUGAGCUGAAAAAUAAUAAUGGGAGGAGUUUUGCCGCAGAUAUGUUUGAAUGUUUUGGUUCAGGCUGUAUAUUUUAAAUAUGAGGAAAUAAACUCUGCUACUAUUAA